CGUUUCUUUCCGUUUUUUUGUGUCAGAAGAAGGUGGUGCGCUGUGAAGAACUCUUCUAUCUGUUCUCGUGAAUUUGCGAUAUUUGAAAUUCGCCAUGGACGUUUCUCAGAACGGGAACGUAAGGAAUAGUGAAUCUAUGUGUAGCGUCACAGAAGUCGAAGAAAUUGAUUUCUCUAAAUUCACGGAUAGGCCAACCAGACCUCUGAAUAUUGAUAGGCAGAGAUCGUUCGAUGAAAGAUCGCUUAGUGAACUAUCGUUUUCUCCGCGUCAUUCGUCAAGGAAUGCUGACAUUAACUUUUUACGGAAUGUGGACCAUGUUGAGUCUGUUUAUUCGCCUAGUAGAAGGUCUGGGCUCAACACUCCGAUGUCACACCGCAGCUUUGAACCUCAUCCAUUGGUGGGAGAGGCUUGGGAAGCUUUGAGGCGUUCUUUGGUACAUUUCCGAGGCCAACCGGUAGGGACAAUUGCUGCGCUCGAUAGCUCCGUAGAAGGACUCAAUUAUGAUCAGGUGUUUGUGAGGGACUUUGUUCCAACUGCACUUGCUUUUCUGAUGAACGGGGAGCCGGAAAUUGUAAAAAAUUUUAUCUUGAAGACUCUUCGUCUUCAAUCUUGGGAGAAAAAGAUCGACAGGUUUCAACUGGGAGAAGGAGUAAUGCCUGCUAGUUUCAAGGUACUCCAUGAUCCGGUCCGAAAUUCAGAGACCCUAAUGGCAGACUUUGGAGAGAGUGCGAUAGGAAGAGUUGCUCCUGUUGAUUCUGGAUUUUGGUGGAUCAUCUUGCUCCGAGCAUACACAAAAUCGACAGGAGACUCUUCCUUAGCUGAACUUCCUGAAUGCCAGAAGGGCAUGCGUCUCAUUCUCAGUUCAUGUCUUUCAGAGGGGUUUGAUACGUUUCCAACUCUGUUGUGUGCUGACGGUUGCUGCAUGAUUGAUCGGAGAAUGGGUGUUUAUGGAUAUCCCAUUGAAAUACAGGCACUUUUCUUCAUGGCUUUAAGAUGUGCUUUUCUUUUACUUAAGCAAGAUAAUGAGGGGAAAGAAUUUGUUGAACGAAUAGUGAAACGCCUUCAUGCCUUAAGCUUUCACAUGAGAAGUUACUUUUGGAUAGACAUGAAGCAACUGAACGAUAUCUAUCGCUACAAAACAGAGGAGUACUCACACACUGCGGUCAACAAAUUCAAUGUCAUACCAGAUUCUCUUCCCGAGUGGAUUUUUGAUUUUAUGCCAGCUCGUGGUGGCUACUUCAUUGGGAAUGUUAGCCUUGCACGGAUGGAUUUCCGGUGGUUUGCCUUGGGUAAUUGCAUAGCAAUUCUUUCAUCCUUGGCCACUCCUGAACAAUGUACUGCGAUCAUGGAUCUUAUAGAAUCCAGAUGGGAGGAGCUGGUAGGAGAGAUGCCUUUGAAGGUUUGUUAUCCAGCCAUAGAAAGCCACGAAUGGCGGAUCGUGACAGGAUGUGAUCCUAAGAACACAAGGUGGAGCUAUCACAAUGGAGGAUCCUGGCCAGUGCUGCUAUGGCUUCUCACAGCUGCAUGUAUCAAGACAGGCCGACCCCAGAUUGCAAGACGGGCUAUUGAGCUUGCGGAGACCAGGUUGCCCAAAGACAACUGGCCUGAGUAUUAUGAUGGUAAGCUUGGUCGGUUCAUUGGGAAGCAGGCGCGAAAGUCGCAAACGUGGUCAAUUGCUGGUUAUUUGGUGGCCAAGAUGAUGCUGGAGGAUCCUUCUCAUUUGGGCAUGGUCUCUCUCGAGGAGGACAAACAAAUGAAGACCCCAUUGCGCAGGUCAAAUUCAUGGACUUUUUGAUCUGCAUUUGUGACAACAUGGACCCUAUCUUAGGAUCAGAAGAGGAAAAAUAC